AUUCCGUCCGGUUGUGGCGUAGAUUCCGAAGGAAACCGCGCCGCAGUGAAUUCCGAUUAGUGUGCAUACAUAUGUUCGGCGGGGAUUCUGUGCCAGAACUACUGUUGUUGUUGUUCGACCUCGGUUGGUUCAAUUAAGUGCAGUGUGCUAUUGGAUGCAGAUUUCAGAAACUUACGGUGACACGGUGUCGCGUUUGUCGCUCGUAAGGAUCGUAAUCCUUUCGGAUGAGAGUGGAGUUGGGAUUGUAGCGCAUUCGGGGUGCCAAGUGUGUUCAGACACGGCGACGGUCAUCGUCACCGCCAUGUGAAUUAUUUUUAGAAUCUUUCGACUCUUAACUGUGCACGAUCUCGGGAGUGAGACGAGAGCGACACGAGACGACGCCACGAGAUUGCUGGCCCAUUUCCUUAGGGAACGUGUUUUGGUUUCGAAAAGGGAACCCCGAAUGAAGUUGUUUUGAUGGUGUGAUGAAGAAGUGUGAAUCGAGGCCUUGUACGCGUGGCCAGUUUGUUUUGGAUGGUUUCGGAAAACCUUGGGCCAGGGUUGUGAAUGAUAUCGUGUGUACUUAGAAGAAUAUCAGAAGUUAGUCGGCGAAAGAGCGGUCCGCAGUUUUGCAUUCAGAUGCAGCUUGUGUGUUUUGUGCCGUUGCUAGUUAGUGGAAAUUAAUUUUAGACUCACUAUAGCCAGCGAAAACAGAGAAGAAUGGCAGUGAGGGUGCCAUAAGUUGCAAGUAGCAGCAAACACUGCAAACAUCAAUCCGAGAAGCAUGCUUCAAACAUUCAAGUGCAACACGAACGUGAUCAGCUUUCGACCGCAAGUGCAUUGUCGCGCUUGCAAGACCCAGUAUUAAGCGCAGGUGCAGCAGCAUUACUUUCAAAAGCCGAAUGUGAGACAUAAUUGGCUACCGCCGCUGCCACUUUCGAACGUGCACCGGUUUACAAUUACACAGCGCUCGCCAACAUGUGAUCAAUUGGAGAUAUGAAAUCGACAUAAACACGGGUGGUGAAAACAAAAGUGCGGUUGUGUCUGGUUGGUGGGGGACUGGGGACCGCGGGGUGCAUCCGUUUAUACACAGUGAGGUGAGAACAAAUUAUGACAUCAACAACAGCGAGCACCGGCUCGUCUGUUUCAACGUGUAGCAGCGGCACCGAGCGCCGUGACGUAUCAAACGGCCAGAACGAUGAUGGUGGUCAACUCGCCAGCUGCCACAACUCUUCCUCUGAUGCGUCGUUGCUAGGCGUAGCCAAGCUGUCGUCAUCCGGUGAUGAUGAGGAUGUGUAUAAUACACUUUUCACCAAGAAGUUAUCUGCCGCUUGUUACCUCAACAGCACACUUCUCGCCGGAGCCGAUGACUACCGGGGAGGAAUACUGAAUGGGACGACGGCAGGGUCGAUCACAACCACAACCACUACCCCUUCAAUAUCGAACCGUCCCAGCGAGGCAAGCUAUGGCUUCCAGAACACCUAUGCUGUGCUAGAGCGACAGCUUGCCAGCAAAGCGUCGACAGCCCGCCAACUUCACAAGUUCCUAAAGUACAACGAGUUCUACAAAACGCCAGUAUUCUGCGACACGUCGCCGCAUUAUAGUGCAAAUUAUGUAAGAAGUAUUACUAGCGAGGGGAGUGAAUCUCUUCCCUCGAGGCGUUUAUUAGUGGCGGACGAGGACGAAAAUGAAAAACCGAGCUUCCUUGAGCUGGAGCUGGAAGCCUCCAGCAGGCUGCGGAAGCUCCGUGAGCAGAUCGGUGGAAGCCUGCAGUCGAUCGAUAGUGUCGCCACAUCGGAAGGUGGCGGUAAGCUCGAGACGCCUCUGAUAGAGGCCUUGUAUGGAGUCAACGUAGAGGAUUUGAAACGUGCCGGCACCGAACGGAUUCAUCCAAAUCCGAAUGUGUUUCUGGGAGCCGAAGAAGACGACAAGAGUAGCCAGGCCGGAGAGUACCCGGAGUACAUCUACCACGUAGCAAAGGGCAACGAUGGCCGGAUGUAUCUUAAGGUUGUGCGCAGUUUGCUGCUGGAUAAAGUUCUAUGCGGUAAUCGCGUAAGCCAAAUGACCCGUGCGUACGAUGAUAUCGAUGCCGUAACGCGACUUCUGGAGGAGAAGGAGAAAGAUCUGGAGCUGACGGUGCAGAUUGGGAAGGAGCUGCUGACCCAGAAUACCCACCUCGAGAACCGGGUAGCCGAGCUGGAGCAGGAGCUGAAGAGUACCAACGAAAACUUAGCGCAGUUCGCCCACGAACUGCACCAGAAGAACGAGCUGAUCGCGAUACUGACCAACGAUGUGGACGACAGCAGCGAGAAUGUCACACCUACCACAUCGAAGACGGUCAACCUGGAGCUGCUCCAGCGCAAGGUCAAGUCACUCGAGGACGAAAACAAAUCACUGCGGAGCGAGGCUGCCCAACUGGUGAGGGAAACCGACGAAUGCGAGGAGCAGGAACGCAAGCUAAUGGCCGACAUUGCGAACCAGCUGAGUACAACCAAUAGCGAGUUCGAUGGGUUAAAUCUGGAACUCGAAAGACUGAAGGAAGAGAACCGAAUCCAGCAUGAGCAAAUCAUCAGCCUUAAGACCCGCCUCUCGGGGGCGGAGAUACGAUUGCAUCAGCUCACAACGGAAAACGAGGAAGCGUCCUCGCUACUCAGUAUUACCAAAGAAAAUCAGAACCUGCUGGCCGGUGAAUUGGCAGAAUUCAAAACGCGCUAUCAGGAGGUGCUGAACUUGCUGCACGACGCGCAGGAGCAAUUGAGACGCCAAAGAAAACGUUCCCAGCCGAUGGCGAGGAGUUCGUUGAUACCCGGGCUGGGUGUCCCCGCGCCCGACUCGCUCCAAUCGGAGCUGAUGGAGACGUCACUCUACUCGGAGAACAGUUUGGAUUCGGGAAUUGCAUCCGAACGGGGCGGAUUACCGUCGUACAAAAAGGUAUUCGAAACUGUACGCUCGGCAACGCGUGCGAACACCACUGGCUUCGCCGAUGGCUACACCCAGCUUGGGUCUAUGACAAUGAGUUCCUCCUCGCAACCACGCAUGGCACCGUUUGUAUUUCCCGGCACGGGAACCACCACAACCAACUACUACAAGAUUGGUUCGUCCGUCUACAGCACAAUGUACGAGAGUUCCCUCGGUGGACGCACACUUUCACGCGAGAGUCUGGUAUCUGAGUCGGAGGAUGGCUAUCCGGGUCCGGUGCAGACCGGUAUUCCCGGUGCUCCAGGUGCCAAAGAUCUCGAGGCUGCCUUGAAACGACUGACUCCGGCCGAAGUGCUUGCCAGGAGAGCUAUGCUUCAACACGCACCUGCGGGAACCUAUAGCUACGACGAUCAGCCAAGUGGAAUUCCUCUGGGAUGUCGUACACCGGACAGCAUUAUGUCAACUGGAUCCUCGGGUAUGUCCGGUAUGUCUUCGAAUCAAUGGCGUCUUCCGGAGAAAUUACAAAUCGUCAAACCAAUCGAGGGCUCGCAAACAUUGCAUCACUGGUCGCGACUCGCAACCCCCACACUCAGUGGUUUACUUGAAGAACGCCCGGGUGUAACAAUUCGUGGCGGACGUGGACUGGAGGAACUCGGACUCCAGACGUACUCCCUCUCGGACGUGGAAGAAGACGCCGAAGAACAUCCUGGCAAGCGCUUUCAAACCUUCGGAAGCACCUACACUUACACCAACAGUACCGUGAUGCAUCCGGACGACGGAACGAAGGCAGUCACAUUCAGUCUUCCACCAUCGCAAAUGUCCUCCCAGAUAGCGUCCGAGUGCCCAUCGCGACAGCCAUCGGCCCCAUCGACUCCCCGGACGGGAUUGUCACGUCGAAACUCGUGUUCCACUUUCUCCGUCAACCUCGGGCUAGCCUCGAUGCUGAACGAGCGAGGAAUCAAGGCGGUAACACCGAGUGCACUGAACACACCCGCAGGACCGAACUAUUCGCCCACAGUGACGCCGUGCAAUAGUCCUGAGGGAUCUCCCCCGCGGUCCACAUCGCCCGAACCGCCUCUCCUAUCCGGCCUGCUCGCCUCUGGAGCGGAUAUUCUACGCAAGAAGUUUGCCGUAGCCUCAUCCUCCUCCGUCGAAAUGGAACGUCCCUCUCGUCUAACCGCUCGUAACAAGCUCGCCUUUUCUAGGCUGGAGAAGAAAGCCCUCCGAUCGAUCAAAAUCAUGGAGAAAGUCGAGAGCAUGGGGGUAGACAAUUUCAUGCAACACUCCGGCCACGGCAUCAGCCCGCUGGCUUUGCAUGGAUCUUCUGCCCUCUAUACAUCCACCAUUCGGGGACGAACGUCGAGUCCGAUGGCGCAGCUGACCAGCUUGAAACACCUGCAGGAUAACCGAUUAAAGAAUCAACAUCAUCAGCAGCAGCAACAGGACGAGUUGAUGAUCGACAAAGAAACGAUAAAAGCGGUUCUGACGAAGGGACUGUCCAUCGAUAGCAUGAAGAAUAUUUCAUCCGGAGCAAGUGACUGCUCUUCUGGCUCAUCGAGUGCGGCGGCAUACUCUUCUUCGCGGGGCUACGCCGAUAGUGAUAGUGAAUCGUCAUCGGUUAGCGGUGUAGCUCAUGCCGCCCGCAUGCCGGAAGAAGAACAGAGGAAUAAUGCAACGCAAACCGUUAAGAAGCAAGGAACUUCCACUUCGCCAACAACAGCCGCUCGCCUCAAACAAAUGCAGCGACAAAAGAGCCGACGCAAUUUGCUGAACGGUGCUAACGGAUCCCAGCGACCGGAUCUCGGAACGGUGAACGGGUCGAGCAGACCCGGCAUAAGACCGGAUUUGGGUACAGUGGGCGGCAGUAGUAAUAAGUCUAAGAGCAAUAGCAAGAAGGACUCGGCGGCUGCGGCUGCAGCAGCAGCAGCAAAUGCCCCCGAACAGAGUCGUUCGCUAGGGCAGAGUGUAUACGGUACGAUCAGUUCGCUACUGUUUGGGCGCAAGGGAGGCCUGCUGUAAGUUGAGGUCGAGACAGAUGGACGAUGGCAUACAGAGUUGGUAGAGAAUAUUUCUUGUGAAAGAGAAGGAGUUUAUUUUUUUCUGUUUUAAGAUUAUACUUUUUAGAGCGCGAAGGUUAUUAUCCAUACGACUGAUCCCAUUUUCAGAAAAUUUUCUGUAAAAGUUUAUUCCUAGCAUAUAGAAAAAACAUUUACACCGAAUCAGUAAAUGAACGACGAACGAAAGACUCAUUUCUUCCUGGUUUUCUUUCUCCGGUUGAUAAAAUUUUGCUUUGCAAUCCGACAUCGCUAUCCGCUCGGUUUACCGAUUCCGCGCCUUAACUGCCAAAGCUCAUUGAUCAGUAUCAACGAAAGCCGAAAUGUGUGUUUCCGAAUACAAUAAAUCCCCCGCGUAGUAUUAUCUCUCAUAGAGUUUAGGAUUGAAAUAAGGAAUGGUGAACCCAUGGUUUCGAACAAGUACAACCUCUUGGGCACAGAGACAAACAUAAACACAUUCCAGUAGCGGCGCGCGCACGACGCGGUAGGAUUAGACUUGCCCCCGGAAUUCUGUUUCGCUUCUCCCAAAUCCAAUUGUUUUGCAUUUCCGCUCAAUACUGCAUUCUCGGAAAAAUAAAUCGUGAAAAUCGAGCGAAUAACGAUGUCGGGCAAUUUUCAUCUUGCGCCUCGUAGGAUUAGGAAAUACUUUACGUAGCAAUUCUUUUCCAUUCAUCACUGUGGUUAGUUAGAACGCCUUCCUUCAAAUAAGGUCUCCCCAUAACACAGAAAACGGGUCGCUCAUUUAGUGACAGAACAAUUGCUGCUAUCGACGCGUAAUAAUAGUAAAAAAAGAGUUUAGAUCACUUGUAAGAGAUUGAUGGCAGAGUUUCAGAUAGCAAAAUUUAACCUCGUAACUACUCACUCAAACAAGAGUUGGGGAUUUUUUUACAUUAGAUAACGUUUUUCAGGAACAUAUUGACGGUACAAGUUGAAGAACAUUUCUUGAUGGAUUUCCCAGCUUUUUGCAUCAAUGAAUUCACCCUUACAAUCCACUAUACGGUCAUUUCUUGAUCAUUUGAUAUUUUAAUCAACGACUUUUUUUUUUGAAAGCGUUUGAAAUCCACGUCGGAAAAACAAUACAAGAAUUCGUCAGAUGAGGUAAGACAUCUCAUUGAAACACCUUCAAAGUUUUCUUGACAACUUAUUAGGAUUCCCUUGUGGAAUUUUUGGUCCAACGAACAGCAUCCAUAGAAGGCACAGGAACCCCCUCUAUCAGUGCCGGCCUAAACCUGCCAGUCUGUCGACUUCUUCAUUAUCGGGAGCUCAAGAAUGACCAAGCAUCCAGCUGAAGGAGACAUUGCUCUCUAAUGCGAAAUUCUCAGUAGAAAGUAGACAAGAGUGUUUGGUGCAAGCGACGAUCAUCCGGUUCGGUCUGGCUAACCGAAAGUGGCCAUAUCGGAUUCCAAAACGACUUCAGCGGUGUGGUCGAACCGAUGAUCAUUUCCGGCUGAUUUCCGUUUUUUAGCUAACCGGAAGUCGGUAUUUAGCAUUCCGAAAUUGCCUCAGUGCACGAUAUUCAACUUCCGCUGGUCAAUACGAUUCUAAAUAUGUCGAUAUAGUGGGGCCGUGGCCAUUCCCGACUGAUAUCUGGUUCAAUUUGGCUAACCGGAAGUGACCAUUUUGAACUCCGAAAUGACCUCUGAGAUCAUUACUUGACAUCUGCUUGUUCCAUAAUCAUCCGUGGUGUGUGGCCAUUUCCGUUUACUUCCGCUCUUUUCAACUAACACUAGGUCGCCUUCUUAGAUUUCAAAAUGAUCAGAGAUCGAUUUUUAACUUCCGUUGGUCAAGACUAUUGAAAAUAAUAUCGAUCUUGUUGGGAUACCCAUUACUUUCUGGUGCAGUUCAGUCGACCGGAAGUGACCACUGACCGCAGAGAUCAAUAAUCGUCAAAAAUACUUAUAUUAUGGGGUUAUGAUUACAUUGGGUUAUACCUUGGUUUUAUACAAAAUACUGCUCAUAUAAAAACAGCAUAAAGAAAAACCAACAAACAACCUUAGUAACCACACAGACAGAUACAGUCUUUCAAGUAGUGCUUGAUCAGUUAGUCACAUUUGGUCACUAUCUGCAAAGGUAGGACGUAUUUUGAAGUCUUCGAAAGAUGAUCUGAAAACUUCAUAGUACAGAGUACUCUAUAGGCAAUCGUUCUAAUAACUUGGAGGCGUUUCCCGAAGUGUUCCUCACAUAGUCCAGGUAUUUAAAACCGAGCGUUCGGUUAAGAUAAACCACAGUAGACCACGAGUGUCACACAAUGCAGUAUAUAUUGCGAAAAAAUCCUGGCCAACGUUCGUGCAAUAUUGAAUGUAUUAAAGUGUGACAUGAGGACCUUGCAAUAAGCUCUAUCUUAUCUCGCAUAGCAAAAUUUAUUGCUAACAAACAAACUCCAACGGGUGAUUACGUGUCACAGAACUUAUCGAGCAUUCCUCGUAUAGACACGCAAAUGCAAACAACUUUAUUCUUGUGAAUCCUUCAAAACUUAUUUGUACAACCACUCCAACCAUUCCUGCGUCUCUGAAAAAAUGGCUACAAAUGAAUGAUUCAAAAUAUUGCCCAAACUCAAAUACGGUUACGACAGAAGUCUUGUGUUAUCGAUCGAGACAAGUGAUAAUCGGGCAGCGCAAUAUCUGGGGAGCACAACGGACGGAAUAAGACUUUCCAUUUGAGUGGUUCGGGCGGUUUAACAGGUGAGGUCGAACGUUGGCAUACUGAAGAAUCACUUUUUGUACCCAUUCUCGCGCACAGCUCGGCUCUAUCAGUACCAGUGUUUGGAUAUCUGUCAAUAUUGAAUGAUACACAAGGUGUCGUGCAAGUAACCAUUCAUGAAUAUAUGACCUAUCAUGGAUGGAUGAUGACCGAACGCCAGUAUUCACUUUUGUUGCACCAAACGAACAUACGAAGCGAGGAACAAAGCCUAUUGAUUGCAUAUCCGAGCUCUACCAAACAUCGCACACCACUAUACAAGUUUGAGUCGCAUAUAUCGUCCCGUUCUAGCUAUAGCGAAUAACCGCUGCACAGACAAGUGCAUAGCGAUAAAUGAUACAUUAAAAAUUGCGUCAUCAUUCGGUCACCAUUUGUGGAGAGCGGCGAAUGGGAAAAGAGCUAAAACGAGAGAGUUUUUGUUUCUCACUGGAGCGGUGUUGCUAGCUAAAUUUUUGAAUACAUUUAUUGCAAGGGAUAGCAGCGUUAAAAAUUAAAAAAUAUAAUUUGACUACCCUUCCCUGAGCAUCUAUCUAGCUAAAUAUUCACAUAGUUUGCACUCUCUGACACUCAUGGGUCAGGAUCUGCUGCAUUAUUUGAAUAUGAAUCAUUCGCUUUGCGUAGGCCGUAUGAUCCUGCUGCUCCAUGAUGCAUGGAGAGGUUUGACAUGUAAUGAGUUCGAGGCAAAUAAGAAUAUAAACGUUCUGCACCGAAACCGUUCAUGACGGUUUGGGUUUGCUUGCUCGUGUAUCAUGAAGUGCGAACCGGAGCGGAGUUGUCUCGUCCUUUUUUGUAGCACGUAAAAGCAAAAGAAUGUCACAGGGGGAAGUGAUUUCUCUUAGAUCAGAUUUGAAUAAACGAAAGCGAAUUAUUCAGUGAAACGGUCAAUCGGCAAACACUGAUCACUUCAAUUGAAUUCGAUUCCGUCCCCCAGUGAUGGUUUCGUUCGGUUUCGGUCAGUCUGGUUUCGGCCAGUGACAUUCUUUUUUUUGGAUUGCAGUUAGAAUUUUUUUUUUAUCAUCAGUCACGAAAGCUUCAAUCUUUUUCGUCCUCAACCAUGUCAUUCGAAAUCCAAAUCAUCAUUCACUUUAUUGAAUGCUAGAAGAUUGAUUGGCCUUUUUCAAGGCACGGAGCGAAUGAACUUUGUAGUUUGAAGACUCUAUAACAGAAAAGAUCAAAUCAAUCAAUCCAGAAGUUUUGGCCCUUAUGUCAAAUGUUACCUCGUAGCAUGUCGAAGACGAUCAAGAGUUGCAUAGUGAUCCAUCUGCUGGACAGGAUUCUAAAGCUGAUUAGUUAGAAAUGGUCGGAGUAGGGAGGAGGGAUAACGGAAUCAUUCCAAGGAAGUUAACGCCAUGCAAAUCGUAUGAAUUUGCUCAUGUACCUCUUCCUUUUAAUACAAGUGUUUUGGAAGUGUAACUGACAGAGGACCGAAGAAUCUAUCACAUACGGAAGAAUCUUUUGCCUGCUCCCUUAAGUGUAUGGUAUGGAUGCCCUGGCUCAGAAACCCACCAUACCUUGCCGAUCAUUAGGGUAAAUUUGCGUCUUUUCGGAGGUACAUGUUCAACUUAUACCACUUUUCGUACUAGGUCGAAACUGAUUCGUCUCCACUUGGAAUUUUCUCAGUCGAUGUUGGUUACGGGGUUGUUGAAUCGUUCAAAAUCACUAACUUGAAAAUUGAAUGAUACAUUUUCAUCUCAAUCUUCAGGUGCGACUGAGUCGCUCUCGUUUUCGUCAUGUAACAAUUUUUUUGAGAAACGUUUCAAUGCCCGAUUCUCUUUAAUUUAUUCGAUGUAUUUUUACUGGAAAUGUGGUUCCUCUUCGCUUUGAACUUUUUUUCGGACCACGUUUUGUGAGAAUGUGCAGAAAAAUCGGUUUGCCUUACGUUCAAUUUCUCCAGCAAAUUCUCUUUCAUGGUCUACCUACCUUUCUAGUGUGCCAAAAUUUUUCCUUGUUCUUUUCAACCAACCAUUUAUGCUUGGCCUCAGUAAUAAAAUACUGCCUCAUGAAGGAUAAUGGCAUUCGUUUCUAAUAAAUUUGAUCCAAGAUGAUCCAAGUAGUCAUAUCUUUUUGAAGAGGAAUAUGUCAGUUAAUAAAUUUGAUUUUGUGUUUUUGUUGGUUAUGUUGUGUCAUCAAUUACCAUCCUUCGGUUAGGGCGAAAACGGAAAAACUGAAGAUAAAGAUCGUCUUUUUGUUGAAAACGCUGUUGUGUUCAUUGGUAAUUUUGCAGUUGAUGGUAGUCAGAUUGAAAUUGGGUAGCUAAAAACUGCAAUCAAUCUCUUAAACGAUCGGUGAUCUAAGCUGAACAACCAAGUCCUGUGCUUGAAAGAUUAUGGAGAUUAGUUAAAACUACAAAUAGAACAUCUGAGCGUUAGCAACAAAGUAAAAUAGAGCUUCAUCAAUAUUCGUUAGCUUUUACUAUUCUGCCAAUGUUUCUACUACAUUGUAUUUGUUAACUCUAAUCAUAUUAAUUUUCCCAGCCUGGUAUAUUCAAGAAAUGCAAUAAUCAAGAAACAAUGACUGCAGGACCGUUUAGUCACGAUUCGUGCAGUGCAAUGCAAUGCAUCCAUUUCAAGCAAAAACAAAAGCUCUAAACACAAGCUGCUGCCCUGUAGUAACCACAUUCCUUUUCAGCCCGUUUAGUUCAGUGUUGCGAAGCGAGCGUGAAGCGGAAAACCACCUCCCACUUGCCUGCGAGACCAAGAGAACUCGAGUUGCACUCGCCUGCGCGAGUAUGAGCCAUAUUUGCCAGCCCACACACAACCUUCACAUAUGCUCUCCAACAAUAUGGUUUAUAUUCAUGAAUAAUUUAUCCUGAUUCAGACUUCAUUCACGCUGCUCACCCGCGCGGCCUCAUUGUCACAUUCCUCACACGCAAGUGAAAGCAUUCGCAACACUGGCUCAGUUCAGUAGUAAAUUAUACCCGAGAGCAGUUGUGAGGGUUGGUCUACAGCAAAUUUGGAAAUAUCUUUCAUCCUUGAGCUUUACGAUCAGAGCACAGUGGCGAACCGCGUCGGCAUGUUCCGGACCUUUCCCCCAGAAAGAUCCGUGCAAACAAUCAGGAUGACGGUCAUAGUUUUGAUUGAGUGGAGGUGGAUGCACUGCAUUGAAGCGCGCCAGCGAGUUUCUCCGACAAAACCUUGAGCUUUUUUCAUGACUUUCUUCUGUUGACAUCGAAAUUCUUCAAAAUUAGUGAGAAGUAGACUGCUUUUAUAGAGACUUUAGUUAAGGCUUGUAUUUUUAAGGCUUCGCGUUUAUUCGAUCAUCAUUUUAUUCAUGAUACUUUAUAUUUAUAAGAACCGACGUUUAUUUGUCUCAUUAAGUUUCCUCUCAUCAACGGUAAGGUGCUCUACGUAAAAAAAAACUUUGGAAGAGGUCAUUGCAAAUAUCUCUCAACUUCCUAUGGGUGCACUUUGUUAUGUCCUAGAUACAAGUUUAAUAACAAGAGGGGCCUCACAGAAAUGGGUAAGCAAAGAUUAACUAGCGACAGAACAAGCAUUGUAUAUAGGUAAGAGCAGUAGAGUAGAAAUAAAGAAAAAACACGAAAAGCACAGCAAAAAAACAGAACAGAAAAAUAUGCAAAAUCCAGUUGUAGAUAAUUAUCCAAUUAGAUAAAACGAAGAAAGGUGAAACAGCAGCAGCAAGUUAGCGCAUAUAAACGAAUAAGUAUUUAUUUUUAUAGAAAACGAAAAGUGAACAAUUCUUUGCCUACUACUAAGAUAAAUGAACCAAUCACUCACACACACCCUGUGUCUGUGUGAGGUGAGGUGAUGCGUAUGAUAACACAACACUUGCGAGGCAGAAGUUUAACUAACCAUUUUCUCCCCACGCUGUAUCUCCCUUGCGCUCCUUGCGUGUGACAAAAAAACAUAAGCCAUUCUAAAAAAAUAAUGAUUGUACGCGCCUAAAGACACGUUCUCCGACGAUUGAAAGGCACCGGAAAGUGCGAGUCUACACAGACAAAAAAUAACAUAUGAGAAGAAUAUUAGGUAUUCAGAGCGCUACUUGAUAGUUUUAAUUUUCAAACAGUGUAGUGCAAAUUAAACACGAGCGCAGCCUAGAAGCAGUAGGUAUUUAGUUGAUUUUUUUUUCUUCAAAAGUAGCAGACAGACAACAAUAACUAACAAGGAAGAGUGCGUUUGGAAGGGUAUUAUCAAGCCGCGCGUAUACACAAAAUGGUUGAACUGAAUAAUAUUAUUUCAUAGGAAGAACGCAUAUGACUAUGUAAUAGGAGGAAGGCGGUGAAUUGCGAGUGACCACCUGGAUCGAAAUAAGAAAGAAACAAAUGUUGGUUAGUUUGUAUUAUUAAGAUGUUGAACAGAAAAGUUUUUUCUGCGGUAAGAAUUAUUAAAAAAAAAUAAAAUUUGAAAUUAUCAUCGAAAAA